AUGGACGACUCAUCCUCUGGCAGCAGCUGCCCCACCAUGGAGCACUGUAUUUCACCAUCCAAAUCCAACCAGAGCCUCUCUGUAGUCCCUUUCCCCUCAGAGGACAGGCCUGACUGUGAGGCUGUCAGACCCUGUGAAGACUUGACCCCUGAGGGUCCAUCCUCCCUUCCUCCUGUCCAAGGGGCAGGGGGAGCCAGCAGUGUAAGGGGACCCAUGGGGAGAAGAAAUGGAAUUCAGGGGAAGCCAGAGGAGCCUGGUGAAGAAGACAUGGAUGAGCCCAUUAAUGCCUACCUGUGCAGCCUCCACGAAGACUCAGUAGCUAAAUGGGCUCAAAGUGACGAUGAUGAUGAUGAUGACGAGAGUAUGGACAAUUGGGAACAGGAGACAAUAACCAAGACCGUCUGGGAAAUGUAUUAUUUCUUGAAAAUUAUUAAGGUGUGUCUGGACAGGCCGAAGAAUGUCAAAGAUGACGACACUGUGCUCCCAGAUUCGCCUCAGGAGGAGGAUGUAGAUGACUCUCUGCUCCCAGAUUCUCCUCAGGAGGAGGAUGUAGAUGAAUCUGUCCUCCCUCAUUCUUCUCAGCAGGAGGAUGUCCAGCCGAAGAAUGUCGAAGAUGACGACACUGUGCUCCCUGGUUCUCCUCAGGAGGAGGAUGUCCAGCCGUCCAGCAGCGUCUCUUCCCAUAUGGAUCAGGUCAGUCCUGAAGAACAUGAGACUUGUCAGGACUCACCCACCUGUCAAACAGCAGAAAAUGGAGACACCAAGCAGUGCCCAGAAAUGCCUCCUGGGCUUGAGGAGGAUGAAACUGUUGAGAUGGAAAGCCAGGAGCCUGGAACUGCAGAGAGCUCCCCAGGGUCAUCAGAGCAGUCAGAGGAGGGGGACCUGCCUUCAGAUAAAGAAGGCACUUCCUGCCUGAAUUUCCGGGGCUUCUUCCCCUGGCUCAGGAAGAGAGUGGUGUCCUCCCUGCCAGGGAGAAAGCACCGUGAGAGGGCCAGCAAGGUGCCAUUCUCCUGCCACUAA